AUGUCGCAUUCCUUUCGCGUGUCCUCCACGCGCAACAUCGCGCACCUACGGGACAGUGAGUAUAGUAUUCAGCUGAAUCGCUGGUUCCUGAAACCGAUCGGUGCCUGGCCCGGAUCCGACACCGGCGGCGGCAGCAUCGCGGGCCGGAUGCUGUCACGCGGCAUCCAAUUCGUCUGCCAUUCACUGAUCGCGUUCACGGUGGUGCCGUGCGCGUUGUACAUCAUAUUCGAGCCGGACGUGCACCUGAAGCUGAAGGCCUUCGGCCCGAUGAUACACUGGCUGAUGGGCGGCGCGAACUACUGCUCGUUGCUGGCGCGUAGCUGCAAGAUACGCGAGUGCGUGGACCACAUGCGCGCCGAUUGGCGGUACGUGGGGACGACGCGCGAUCGCGAGGUGAUGCUGCAAAACGCCAAGUUCGGCCGAUUCGUGUCAGCCUUCUGCGCGGUCUUCAUGCAGGGCGGCGUCUGCUCCUACAGCAUCAUCACCACCCUGACACCGGCGACCGUGCGAGUCGGAAACGCCACGUUGACGACGCAUCAGCUACCAUGUCCGUUCUACACGGAGCUGGUGGACACCAGGUAUAGUCCGGCGAACGAGAUCGUGAUCGUCCUUCAGCUGCUGUCGACCGUCAUAGUGAACUCCGUCACGGUGGGCGCGUGCAGCCUCGCCGCGGUCUUCGCCAUGCACGCGUGCGGCCAGCUGAACAUUCUGAUGAUGAGACUGGACGAACUCGUCGAGGCAAAAAGCGAACACGAAGUCACACGGAGAAAAUUGGCCACCAUCGUGGAGCAUCAUCUUCGUGUACUCAGUUUUGUAUCGCAAAUAGAAACGGUUAUGCAUCAAAUAUGUCUCGUCGAGUUGUUGGGGUGCACUACUGAUUUAUGCAUGCUCGGAUAUUAUACGAUCACGGAAUGGAAAUUGCAUGAUACAAAAAAUUUGCUCACGUACUUCACUAUAUUUAUAGCCAUGUCAUGCAACAUUUUCAUAUUUUGUUAUAUUGCUGAAAUUCUCACGGAUCAGUGUCGAAAAAUAGGCGAAAUAGCAUACAUGACGGAGUGGUACCGAUUACAUCAUAAAAUUGCGCUCGACUUGAUUCUAAUAAUCUCGAGAUCAAACGCCGUUAUCAAGAUAACCGCCGGCAAAAUGGUUCAGCUAUCCAUUUCGACUUUUGGAGAUGUGAUGAAAACAUCGUUUGCAUAUUUAAAUAUACUCAGAACGGUUGCGACAUAA